CUAAAAACCUUUACUAUGAAAAAUAUGAAACACAGUACAUGUUGUGUAACUUGUGUUGCCAGACAGUUGGCGGUAACUGCUUGUUAGUCAACAGAGGCUUCAGCAGCCUGAGCCAUGAGUGAGUUUCGUAUACAUCAUGACGUCAACGAGCUGCUCAGUCUGCUUCAUGUGCGAGGAGGUGAUGGAGCAGAAGUGUAUAUUGAUCUACUGCAGAAGAACAGGACACCAUAUGUCACCACAACAGUCUCUGCACACAGUGCAAAGGUCAAAAUAGUAGAGUAUUCAAAGACGCCAGAGGACUUCCUAAGGAAAUAUGAGGAGCUCAAGUCAAAAAAUGUCCGCAACCUAGACCCACUGGUCUACCUCCUAUCAAAGCUUAGCGAGGACAAAGAGACACUCCAAUGUCUGCAACAGAAUGCCAAAGAAAGGUCUGAAGCAUCUGGUAAUGCGACAUCAAGUACAAGCACAACCUUUGCUAUCCCUCCAACUAGCACCAAGAUGUCAAUGCAGGAACUGGAAGAGCUGCGCAAGAAGCUGGGGAACGUCACUGCCAGCUCCAACGUGCCCCAGUCGGCUGAAGUCACACGAAAGAUGCUAAGGGACAGACACAACAAAAAGAACCCCACUCAGCCCAACCCGGUGUUUCCAAACUGGGUGUAUGACCGGCCUGCUCUGAUUGGGGACUUCAUCACCGGUACCACACCAGCAGGAGACCCAGCAGUGGCCAUUGGUACAAUGCCCCUGCCAGCUCAGGAGCAUGCGCUGGUUGAAGAUCUGUUGUUUGUGCUGAUCGGUGUGGACGGCAGAGACAUCACAGCCCAGCCUGUCCUCGGGAGGCAGAACCGCUCCUUCAUCGUUGACCCCACCCUUGACAUGUCCAUCAAGGAGCUGGUCAAUAGGAUAUUACCAGUCUCCUCAUACUACUCUACUAUAACACGCUUCACUGAGGAGAAGUCGUCCUUUGAGUAUGGCCAGGUGAACCACGCCCUGACGGCGGCCAUGAGGACCCUGAUGAAGGAGUACCUGAUCCUGGUGACCCAGCUGGAGCACCUCCACAGGCAGGACAUGCUCUCCCUGCAGAAGCUCUGGUUCUACAUCCAGCCCACCAUGAGGACCAUGGAGAUCUUAGCCUCCAUUGCCUCCUCGGUGGACAAAGGAGACUGCAUGGGUGGGUCGACGUUGAGCCUCCUUCACGAUCGUACCUUCAACUACACUGGAGACAGUCAGGCCCAGGAACUGUGCCUCUACCUCACGAAAGCAGCUAGUGUCCCUUACUUUGAGAUACUGGAGAAAUGGAUCUAUAGAGGCAUCAUCAAGGACCCUUACAGUGAAUUCAUGGUUGAAGAGCAUGAGCUACAGAAAGAGAAGAUCCAGGAGGACUACAACGACAAAUAUUGGGAUCAGCGGUACACAAUCGUACAGCACAGAAUUCCAUCCUUUCUUCAGAAAAUGGCAGACAAAAUUUUAAGUACAGGGAAAUACCUCAACGUGGUGAGAGAGUGUGGCCGGGAUGUGACUUGUCCCGAUGCUAAGGAGAUCCUCUACACACUCAAGGAGAGAGCCUACGUGGAGCAGAUAGAAAAAUCCUACUACUAUGCCAGUAAGGUCCUUCUAGACUUUCUGAUGGAGGAGAAGGAGCUGGUCGCACGACUUAGGUCAAUCAAGCACUACUUCUUAAUGGACAAGGGAGAUUUCUUUGUCCAUUUCAUGGAUCUGACGGAAGAGGAGCUGAAAAAGCCAGUGGAUGACAUCGUCCCUCCCAGACUGGAGGCCUUGCUAGAGCUGGCUCUGAGGAUGAGUACUGCUAACACAGACCCAUUCAAAGAUGACCUGAAGAUUGACCUGAUGCCACAUGAUGUGAUCACCCAACUGCUGCGGGUGCUGGCCAUCGAGACCAAGCAGGAGAAGGCCAUCAUCAAUGCCGACCCCACCGAGGUGGCCCUCAGUGGCCUGGAGGCCUUCUCCUUUGACUACAUUGUCAAGUGGCCGCUGUCACUCAUCAUCAACAGGAAAGCGCUGACGAGAUACCAGAUGCUGUUCCGACACAUUUUUUACUGCAAACAUGUCGAGAGGCUGUUGUGCAACGUGUGGAUCAGCAACAAAACAGCCAAGCAGUACGCCUUGCACAGGGCCAAGUGGUUUGCAGCAGCGUUUGCCCUGAGACAGCGCAUGCUGAACUUUGUCCAGAACAUCCAGUACUACAUGAUGUUUGAAGUUAUGGAGCCCACCUGGCACAUCAUGGAGAACAACUUGAAAUCUGCUUCCAACAUAGACGACGUGCUGUGUCAUCACACCAGCUUCCUGGACAACUGCCUGAAGGACUGCAUGCUGACCAACCCAGAGCUACUCAAGAUCUUCUCCAAGCUUAUGUCUGUGUGUGUCAUGUUCACCAACUGCAUGCAGCGCUUCACCCAGAGCAUGAAGCUGGACCAGGAGAUGAACCGUCUGUCUCUGGAGCAUGGCACCAUGAAGGGUCCUCCCACCCAGAGCGAACGCACCGUGGAGCAAGAGAGGAAGAGGCUUACCUCGAAGUUCCUAGCAGAGCACGUGGAGGCCCUGCAGUCAGACUCAGGCUUCGAAGCCACCAUCAGCAAGUUUGACAGCAACUUCAGCACACUGCUCCUGGACCUGCUGGACAAGCUCAGCGUCUAUAGCACCAAUGACUGUGAGCACAGCAUGAUUAACAUAAUCUACCGGUUGGAUUUCAACGGGUUCUACACAGAGCGCCUUGAGAGGAUGGCUAUAGAGAGAAGUCAGAAGGCUGCUGCAUAGCACUGUCAAAGUGUGCAUGAUGGUAACCCACGCAAUAAGUAUUUAUUUAUCCUACUCAUGCCCAUAUAAAAACCACCUUCAAAGACGACAUUUCUCCCCGUAUCAAACAUAAAGCUGUCAUCAAACAUAAAACCAUAGAUAUUAAUGUGUUUUGAAAACGUCUAAGGUGUUUCCUCCUUUACCUUAAGAGGGGCAUAGGAUUAAAUAACCAUGAACUGUAUGCAUUUCGCUCGGAAGAUGUAAAAGAAAACCUGGACCUCUAUAGGGGUAACUUAUUUUUUACCUCGUGUUUUUUUUGGUGUGUUUUCUUGUACAAUAAAAAAUAUUAAAUGUC